AUGGCAAAACAUUAUCCUGUCUUGAGACUAUUCCCAUGAGCUCAUUCAUCUUGUUUUCUUUGCAGGCCCCAUCAGUUCUCUCAGCCCUCCAACUUUGAAUGUCAUCUGAGGGAAGACGUGGACAUACCUUUUGGAGUAUGCCUAGAGACAGCCUAGAAGCGUAGAACCAAGAUGGAAGGGGAAGAGCCAGUUGUCACCCAGUUGGAAGUAUUUUCUUCUGCUGUUGAGGCAGAGAACAAUAGAACACUAUGGGAGGACCCUUGGAGGAAAGACCAGGAGAGCAGUCUACUCCACUCAGACCUUCAGCGCCGGAGCUUCAGGCAGUUCACCUACAAGGAGGCCUUGGGGCCCCGAGAGGUCUGCAGCCGCCUCCACUCUCUCUGCCGCCUUUGGCUGAAGCCCCAGCGACACUCCAAGGCGGAGAUGCUGGACCUGGUAUUCUUGGAGCAGUUCCUGGCCAUCCUUCCUGCAGAGAUGGAGCGCUGGGUGAGGGAAUGUGGGGCAGAGACCAGCUCCCAGGCCGUGGCCUUGGCUGAAGGAUUCCUCCUGAGUCAGGAAGAGGAGAGGAAGCAGAAAGACUCUUGA